AUGGAGAGUGGUGCUCGGCAGCAGGGGCAGAAAACUAAUGCUGCCCUGCAAAGCACUGCCAAGAAGUUGAAGGAUAUGGAGGCAGAGCACAAUGGCUGCACCAAGGUGCUGAAGCUCCAGGCCGCCUGUCUGGAAAUCAAGAAUAAACGUCAGGAGAGGCUCCUCCAAGAACUGGAGGCAGCUGCAGUGAAAAUAAAGGAACUGGAGGAUGAUGCUGCAGCAACAAGACUUGCACAUGUAGAAUGUAAAUACACUACAGAAGUCAUGCAGUUGAGAAUUCAAGAACUCGAAAGGAUUUUGAAUGAAGAGCAAUGCGGCAGGAGAGAAGAUUUUCCAGAAGGGAUAGCAAGGGAAGAUUUCAGAGAGCCAAGGGAGAUGUCCAUCCUCCUGAACACAUACCAGACCCUGGCAAAUGCCCAGGUGCUUUCCAGACAGACAAACGUCCCCCUGGAAGAGUUACCUUGGGCAGAGCUUUGUGCCCUCUUGCAUGAGAAUGUUGAAGCCCUGGUCUCGAACUUCAGCAAGGCCAACCAGAGGAUAUCUCACCUAGAAUAUAUUUGCAAGCACAAGACUGACACUAUGAACGACCUUCAGCAGAACCAGGAGGAGGCUUUGGAGAAAAUGUCUGAACAGUUAAAAGCACAGGAACACUGGUGGCGGAAAGAAAAGCAGUAUCCUGAACAGCAGUACUCAAACGCCCUUGCAGAAGUUCAUGCAAGAUCACAGGAAUGUGAAGAAACGGCGCAGAAAAAGAGGCAAAAACUCUAUGGCCUCGAACAACUCUCCGACAAACUGGCCCAGGAAAACAAUUCCUUGAAAAAGUCAUUAUUAGAUGCUUUCAAGGCACGCUCAUCCCUGCUGGCAGCCUGUGCGCUGCUGUCAGGGGCCCUGUGCUCUCUCUACGGCCGACUGUGCGCCACGUCUUGCCAAAGAGACAUUCUCCAGGAACAGGUGAACCAGCACCAACUCCUGAACCACAAGAUCGUCAGCCUCCUUUAUGCUCUCCCUGCUGUGGUGGAAAGAAACCAGGACGAAGGCAGGCUGAGGCAGAGAAGAGCCAAGAACCUGGUUUAUGUGUUCCGAAGAGCUGUGAUCGCAGUUCUGGCUGCUAACAGGCUGAGGGCUCUGGCCCGAUAUUCUUGUACAUUUUUCAUCUGGACAGAUGGAUGCAGAGGAAGCUCUGGAAUUCAAGUUUGUCUGGGAGAAUCCAGAGGCAGGCAUCCUGUGCCAUGUUUUGCAGAGGAAGGAGUUGACUGGAUUGAAGCACUUCACUGGUUGUCUAGCUCUAACCUCUAGACUGCAAUAAUCAGUUCCAUCUCAGAACUGCAGGGUGUUCUCAGCAACCAAGAUUCAGAGCUCUGGCUUUCUAGUAACUCGCUGAUCGGCACAGCCAGGAACUGCUUUACACAACUGAUGGACAACCUGAGCGUUCUGAUGGAGACAGUUCAAGGGAACGCUCGUGGGUGCAGAGCCUACCUGGAGAGGGACUCGCUGAUAGAGAGGCUGGCUCGUGGCCUCCAGAGAGUAAAUGAGGCCCUGGAAGCUGGAUUCCAUGACAGACUGCCCAGCACAAGAAACAUAGCAACUUUGCAGCAAGAAAUAUUUGAAUUUUCACAAAGGCUUCAUGCAGCAGAGAUAGAGUCCCACUCACUGCACCUGCAGCUUGCAGAAUGCAGAUGCUUCAACGAGAUGCAAAAAGAUGCUGAAAAACCCCACAGACUGCAGAGCCAAUUAAGUGAAGUUCAGCAAGGCCUCCCUGAUACAGCGGAGGAGCUGAGGAAAAGAGACCAAGUUCUGGAUCAACAGGAGAAACUCCUGAAAGACAUGGAGAAGGACCAGAAGCGGCUGCAGGAGACUCUCCAGGAGGCAGAACGUGCCAUCCAACAGGGAGCAAUGUGA